AUGCUGAGUAGUGAACCUCGAUCUCCAGGAAUAAGAUUGGGGACUUCGCAAUCAUCGAAUCCAUUCACCAAGAUCGAUCCAUACUUGAAUCAGUACUUAAAUCUACAUCCAACCAAACAAAAUGAACACCAGAUAUAUUUCAAUAGCAUCAUCAAAAGUAAGAAAGUCAAGCAGUAUGAGCUAUACUCCAAGUAUCUUGUACAUAAGUCGCCGUUAGUAUCGAUUCCAUCGCCAAUUUCCACAUACCAGCAUAAACAACCUCAUCAACAAUAUAUCCAUAAAAAAAUUAGUCCAAUAAUACCGGCCAAACAAAGUUUGCAAAUACCCAUAAGUCAAUCACCCAAAAAAAUCAAGCUCACCCCAGAAAUUACCCCAAUAACGAAUAAAUUUAAUGAAAAAAUCGACCAGGUAGAACCCAAAAUAGAAAAAGUUCCAAACAAUUUCAUGAAUUGUUCAAUUGAUAUUUUGAUCAUACUCAUCUCCAGAAUGGUACAAUCGUUAAUAACACUAAAUGAUAAACAGGUACCAUCAUCGAUAUCAAACCCGUAUUCUUCAAAUGAAAAUGCGAAAAAAGUUCUUACUAGAUAUCAUUCAAGAACACCACCCUCGAUAUCAACUUUUACUUACUUGACUAGAUUAUCGAAAUUCAAUAAUUUUAAUCCGGCUACUCUACUAACUACAAUCUACUAUAUUGACUUAUUAUCGCAUAAUUAUCAACCCUUCUUCACUCUAAACAGUUGGACCGUACACCGGUUUUUAUUGGUUGCUACCAUGUUGGCUCAAAAAUCAAUGGAGGAUUUUUUUUAUACCAAUGAUCAUUAUGCAAAAGUUGGUGGGGUGGCCAUUAAUGAGUUGAAUUGUUUGGAAAUCGAUUUCUUAAACCGGGUCGAUUGGCGAUUAAUCCCGGCAAAACAUUUAUCCAACGGUAAAAGAUCGAUUAAAGAUUGUAAAAGCGUUUUGGAUUUAUAUUAUAAUCAAUUAAUCUUAUUAAUGGGUAAAAAUACCAAUAGUUUAUUCGAAGAUUCAAAUAUCAUCUACACCAAUGAAAAAAGUGACCUGGACGAAGAUGACGAUGAGUCAAUGGAUGAUAUAAAUGAUGAUUUUUACGAACAUGAUAAAUAUAAUAACCAAGGCUUUGCCAUUGAUGGCAGUUCAAGCCCCCAUUUGAAAAGAAGUUAUUCUAGGUUUAAUAAUAAAUAG